GGGCUCGGUAAAGAUGGCGGCGAAUGAGGAAGCUGAGGGACCAGGGCUUGAAUGUUAGCGAUUGUGGACAGAAAAACUCGCUAUUAAAGGACGAAAUAUGGAAGAGAAAGGUACAAAACAGGAGUCUGAUGCCUUGGAGUAUGCUUUUGAUCUUCUGGAAGUUGGAUGUACAGGGACAAUUGAAGUUAUUUCAGAAUCAAUCAAUAAAUCCUCUAAGGAAGAACUAAAACCACUGACUACUCUUCCUUGUGGUUUACCUCCUCUGUUUGCUCCAGAUUUGAAGUCUGAUUUAGAGAAAUAUCUUUUGGAUCCCACCACCCUGCCCAUCCAUGACUUUCACAAAACACAAAGGUUUUGGCCCCGUGAAAGAGACCCAGAGAGCCUGUUGUUUUCAGAUGUCUGUCCUGUUCCAUCAACAUUGAAAGUAGAGAGAAAUCCAACAACUGGAGAGCUUCUGGGCUAUAAUGAGGUGAUGUUGACAGAUACCGGAUCCACUGCUAAAAAUUCCAUGUCCCUGUUACGACAACCUGGACCACUGUCUGCCUCUGUGAGAGGAGAGUCAACAAAUUAUCCUUUUUUACCAGGUAAAACAUGGAACUAA